ACUUAAAUUGAUGAAAAUUUCCCUUUAGUUGUUGGACCCUCUGCGUCAGGCUUUCCAGGUAGCAUUGUUGGGAAACAGAGCUAUGCCAUGAAUGAAGAAGAGGAACCCCUUUCAUUCACCAUCAUGCUAAUUCACAGAUCACUUCACUUUUUUUAGACAAUCUCAUGCUUUGGAAUUCAUCACCAUUUCUUUCACCGCCCUUCCACUUUCACAACCAUGCAUAUAGCAGGUCAAAUAAAUACAUCUUCAGUGAAAUGUCUUGUCAACAGCAUUUCUCGAUUCAUGCAUCUAGUUUGUUGUCAAGCAGUGAAACCUAUGCCCCUUCAGAAGAACUGUAAUAAUAUGGUUGGUGUGUUAAAGCGGUUGAAACCAGUGCUCGAUGAUAUUGUGGAUUUCAAAAUCCCUUUGGAUGAAAAUUUGCAUAGAGAAUGUGAAGAAUUGGAUAUGCAGGUUAAUGAAGCUAGGGAGUUCAUUGAAAAAUUGGGCCCAAAGAUGAGCAGGAUUCACAGUGUUCUUCAAAGUGGGGAAUUGUUGAUCAAGUUACAGAACUCUUCAUAUAAGAUUUGUCACAUGAUAGUUAAAUCCCUAAAGGCACCUGCAUCUGUUUUGGUUUUGGGUAAUCUUCAGCAAUAUAUGCAGGAACUUCAGUGUCUUAAGAAGGAACCUGCAAUGGUCUAUAUAGAAGAAGCACUGAGAAAUCAAAGGGACAAUAUUGAACCUUGCUAUGAUUCUCUAAAGGAAAUUAUAGGGUUACUCAAAUUGACGUCAAACCAGGAGCUCCUGAAAGAAAGUAUUGCUGUGGAAAAGGAAAGGUCAAAUGCUGAAGUCAAUAAAACAAAAGGGAACCUGGAUGAAAUUAACCAAAUUGUGAAUCUUGUGUGCAAUUUGCGUGAUUAUGUGAUGAAAUUUGAGUGCCCUGAAGUCAAAAGUGGUGUUUCAAUUCCCCCAUAUUUUCGAUGUCCUUUAUCAUUAGAACUCAUGUCAGAUCCUGUUAUUGUGGCUUCAGGUCAAACAUAUGAAAGGCAAUCCAUUCAAAAGUGGCUUGAUCAUGGGCUAACUGUUUGUCCCAACACUCAUCACAGACUUGUCCAUACAAAUCUCAUUCCCAAUUAUACUGUUAAAGCUAUGAUAGCAAAUUGGUGUGAGGAAAAUAAUGUCAAACUUCCCUGUAACUCUAAGCAAAGUAAUUCAACUCGUAUUUCAUCCCCCUCAGAUCAUUUAUUACAUCAAGAUUUAGAUCGUCAGUGUAGCUUUCAGUCUUCAGAUAGUAGCAAUUCCUAUUCAAAUCAAACUGCAAAUGCAUUUGAGAAGCAAAAGGAUGAUAACUCUUUUGGAUCAGGCAGGGGAUCCCAUAGAAGCCGGAAUGGACAGACAGAAAAGUUUGAGCAACAAUCCCCUGCACCUUCAUGUAGUAACCGCAGAAGUGAAUCAUUUUCAAGUUCUAUUUCUAGUACUGAUUAUGUACUUCCUGUUUCAAAAGAGGUGUCAGUCAUAUCCAAUAAGCAUCACAAUGUGGAGUUGUCUGGAGAGAUUACUAAUGGGUGUCCUGCUUCUCCUGCAUAUAAAGAAUCAGUGAUUUAUCCUUGGUUAUCUGGAAAGCAAUUUCAUAGCCCUGGAUCAAAAAUUGGAAGGAUGGAGGAUGAAAAUAAGUAUGAGAGUAACAAUAAUAUUAUUACUAGUCAUUCAAAAGUUGCUUCCCAUCCUGUUUCCAACUUAGGAUCUGAUGAAUUGAUCACCACAUCCCAUGUCCAUGAGUUGAUUGAAGAUCUCCAGAGUCAAUCGAAUGAAACACGAACUGCUGCUGCAGAACAAUUGAGGUUCUGUACCAAGCAUAACAUGGAGAACCGCAUCAUUGUAGGGCAGUGUGGGGCUAUUAUGCCUUUACUUUCACUGCUAUAUUCAGACAUGAAGAUAACACAAGAGCAUGCUGUGACAGCUCUACUGAAUUUGUCAAUCAAUGAAGGAAACAAGGCCUUGAUUAUGGAAGCAGGGGCCAUAGAACCACUUAUCCAUCUUUUGGAGAAAGGGAAUGAUGGUGCAAAGGAGAAUUCUGCUGCUGCUCUGUUCAGCCUCUCUGUAAUAGAUAACAAUAAGGCAAAAAUUGGCCGUUCUGGUGCUGUUAAAGCUUUGGUGGGUCUUCUAGCCUCAGGAACUCUUAGGGGAAAGAAGGAUGCUGCCACUGCUUUAUUCAACCUAUCAAUAUUCCAUGAGAAUAAAGCUCGUAUAGUUCAAGCUGGAGCCGUGAAGUUUCUGGUUCUGCUAUUGGAUCCUACUGAUAAAAUGGUUGACAAGGCUGUUGCUCUUUUGGCAAACCUGUCAACAAUUGCAGAGGGCCGAAUAGAAAUUGCAAGGGAAGGGGGCAUUCCCUCACUUGUUGAAAUUGUUGAAUCAGGUUCUCAGAGGGGAAAGGAAAAUGCUGCUUCCAUCCUCUUGCAAAUGUGUCUUCAUAGUCAAAAGUUUUGUACCCUGGUUCUCCAAGAAGGAGCUGUACCUCCCCUAGUUGCAUUAUCUCAGUCCGGUACUCCAAGAGCUAAGGAAAAGAUGCAGGCACAACAGCUUCUGAGUCAUUUUCGUAAUCAGCGUGAAGGAGCCACGGGGAAGGGGAAAUCAUGAAGAUACAGAGUUAUGGUUAUUUCAUUGCCCUUUUCAUUCUUGCCUCAGUAACUCCCUAGUCUAUAUCUACUUGAGGAAUUUAUGGCUCAUUUACUUAUUUUUUUAAUUCUUUAUAAAUGUAUCAUUUGUUUGUAGCGACAAACAUUUUUUUUGUUUCCUGCUUUAGUAGGGUAACCCCCCACACCCCAUUUGUUUUGUUGGUUUUAAUGGCUUGGUUUCUUUUUAGUAGUGAGGUAUGUUUUAAAGAAAAGGUAAGCUAUUUCUGAAGCUUUAAGCUUGGCGAGAUGUAAAAUUAAAACACUGUUUUGUUGGAGUCAUGAGUUAUAACUGAUGCGGUUGUAAGUCACUGUUGUACAUAUUUGUAAAUACGGUAUAGAAUCUUAUGAUGUACCAUAAAUUGUAGCACCUUAUUUUGCUAUCUGAGCAUUCUUUUUUUUU